GUCAUCAACGCGUAAAAUAAAGGAAGUGAAACCUAAAUGACUCGCCUAGAGUUAUUUCAGGUUAUUCGUUCCCACAUUUUGACUGUGUUUUCGAAUAGAUUGACAAGAUGAGUGACCUUCCCAUCUUCAACCCGUUGGUCCUGAUCGGUGUGGGCUCCAGCUUCGCCUUCUCUGGCUUGUUUUACCACUUAUACAAAGACAAGAAAGAUGACCUAGUCAAGCUGAAGGAAAUACCCAAAUUCAUCCCGGAUCAACACUUGGUAAGGAUCCUCAAGGCAUCGCCCCACAGAAAACUGCAGUACGUCGCAGUGGAAGGUUUGGUCCAGGCGGACGGUGAGACUCUGGCCAGUCAGUUUGUCCCAAGAUGCUUUGGUGUGAUCCAGAGGAUAGCUGUAGAGGAACACUGGAAUGUGUGGAACAACAUCACUAGAACAUGGAACACCAGAAUGACCAACAGGAAGGAGACCAACAACGCCGUCCCCUUCAGUCUUGUUGAACCGGGCGCCUGCAUCACCGACAUCACCGUCAAGGUCCAUUCCCCUCUGGAGGCUUCCGGCUCGUUCCUGGAGAGGGUUCACUGCGGGGUCAAACACGCCCAGGAGGGUCUGGUGAACGUGUUGUUGGAGGGCCUCAGCGGCGAGCGGCCCACGGUGCAGAAGGAGACGGAGGAGCUGCUCCGUGUCGGGACCACUAUGACGGGUUUCGGGGAGGUGGUGCUGGAGGGAGGGACCGUGAGACUACAGGCGCCACAGGACGGCCGCCGCUACAUCCUGGUCCCCACGGACUACAGGGGGUUCAUAGAGGGACACGAGGGCACGGCCAAUCUGUGGAAGGGGCUGACAGCGCUGUUUGGGAUUACGGGGGCAUCGCUGCUGGCCGGGGCGGUUUAUAGUACGAUGGGGAAAAAGGACAGAAGGGACUAGUAGUGAUGAUGCCCAAAUCGACCACCUGCCCUCCUGCACAUCUAAAAUGAUUGGAUAGGUUUUAAGCAAUAUGGGGGAAAUUCAACCCAGCCUAUCAAAAGGUGAAGUAUUGCUUAAAACUUUAUCCUAGUUCUUUGUAGAUAUGGACAGUGCAUGGUCCACAAUUGUAACCGUGGUGAUUUUAUAGCUGAUCAGUCAUUCAUGAUGGACCAAACCAAAUAUUUUGUUUUAAUGAGGGAUGAUGUCCUAGCUGAACGGGAAACGUCUGUAGUGAAUAUUACUAAAACCACUCCGAAUUUACAGGAUUAUGGCGGACCAUAGGUAUUGCAAGACUGUGUCUGACGAAUCCCGUCCACAGCGUAUCAGUGGCACAUAAAGUGUUUAAGUAGAUGCUUCAACAAAGGAGUUCUUAUACUGGAAUGUAGACCAGUCGUUUAAAAAAUAAAUUAAAAAAUUGUUCUGAAUAGAUUAUUUUUUCGAACAUUUAGUUUUAAUCGUACUUUCUUUGAAUCAUUCCUUGCCAGUCGCUGCGGUCCACAAAACUGGUGAUUGUAAGGUGUCUGAGAUUGUGGUGUAUUAUGUGAUAGACGUAUGACUUAACGUCAGCAGGUGAGCUUGCUAGUAUAACAACUACCUCUAUACAGCAUUAAACCACUGUGGUUACUUCAAACCGCCCCCAGGGAAAUCUGUUGUAUUGUUCUGAACUGACAAGAGACCGGUAAAACCUGUCUAUACUGAACACUGUAAAAAAACAGAUCUGUGACAUUCUUUAUUAAUUGGUGAUGGUCUGUGUCGGGAGCAUCUUGUUUUCACUCAUUAAAACCUUACUCAAGUGUG